AUGGCCGCGGCGCUGCCGGCGCUGGUGCUGGGCGCGGGGCUGCUGGUGGCCGCCUGGCGCUGGCUGCGGAGCGCGGUGCGGCCCGGGCGCGGGAGCUUCAUGCGGGGCAAGACCGUCAUCAUCACCGGUGCCAACAGCGGGCUGGGCCGGGCGGCGGCGGCCGAGCUGCUGCGGAUGCGGGCCCGCGUCAUCAUGGGCUGCCGCGACCGGGCUCGGGCCGAGCGGGCGGCCCGCGAGAUCCGGGCCGAGGUGGGCGAGCGGGCGGACGGCGCGGGCGAGCUGGUGGUCCGCGAGCUGGACCUGGCCUCGCUCCGCUCCGUGCGCGCCUUCUGCCACCGCGUCCUGCAGGAAGAGUCAAGACUGGAUGUUCUUAUAAAUAAUGCAGGGAUAUUCCAGUGUCCAUACAUGAAGACAGAGGAUGGUUUUGAGAUGCAAUUUGGUGUAAACCACUUGGGCCACUUCUUGCUCACCAACCUUCUUCUGGGCCUCCUCAAAAAUUCUGCCCCAAGCAGGAUUGUUGUAGUGUCCUCAAAGCUUUACAAAUAUGGAGAGAUCAACUUUGAAGACUUGAACAGUGAAAUAAGCUACAAUAAAAGCUUUUGUUACAGCCGAAGUAAACUGGCUAACAUAUUAUUUGCCAGGGAGCUGGCCCGUCGGUUGGAGGGGACAGGAGUCACUGUCAACUCACUUCAUCCUGGGAUUGUCAGAACAAAUCUAGGCAGACAUGUGAAUAUUCCUUUGCUGGCCAAGCCUCUCUUCAACUUGGUGUCAUGGGCUUUCUUCAAAACGCCUCUGGAAGGAGCCCAGACAUCUAUUUAUUUGGCCUCCUCUCCUGACGUCGAAGGCGUGUCAGGAAAGUAUUUUGGUGACUGCAAAGAAGAAGAACUUCUUCCCAAAGCCAUGGAUGACUUGGUUGCAAGAAAACUGUGGGAUAUCAGUGAAGUGAUGGUUGGCUUACUGAAGUAAGUGCCAGGGAGUGUCUGCAAAAAAGAAUGCAGAUGGCUAUGCAGUUCAUUUUGGCAACAGUGAAAUUCUCACUUUAAAUGCUGUGGGAAUACAGAAUUUUGCUCAGUAAGUAUGAAAUAAGAGAGUGAUUUAUGUUGGAACUCUGUUUUGAAAUGAAAGAUAAUCUUCAAUAGACACAGGCAUUCAGAAAAAAAAACUGAAAAUUGGUGGGUGUGAAUAUAAUUUUUGGUUAAAUCUGCUUAGGAACUUGUGUUUUACAAAUAAAAAGCAGAGGUGUGUUUUGCAAUAUAUAUGCAUAUUUGUCAUUACUUGUAAUCUGGCUGGACAAUGCAGGGUACUGAUGGUGAAACACUUCUGUAAAAAAUUAUUUGAAAAUAAGUCUUAAUAAUAGUCAUCUUUUUUUGAGCCAUCAUAGUGACAAAUGGAAUAAAGAGUUUUCCUGAUAUCUUGCACUGUAAUUGUUGAGGCCUCUGAGUGCCUUCCAAAGGCUUGUCAGCCUCAUGGUUCACUGAACAAAAUCAUUGAGCCGUGUGCAAUUUUGCUGUGAAGCACAAAGUCAGCUAUUUUUAGUGAUGUUGCUGCUGUUCAGUGUGUAAGUACACUUGGUUGUGUAAGUUGUAUUUUUAUUUUCAUGUGUAUUGAACUUGCUGUUUCUCGAAACCUUGGGUUUCAUUACAAGGGUAGUUGCAAAAUGUAUAAUGGUCUUGAUAGGGCUUUGCAUGGCAUGAACUGUGUAAGACCUCAUGCAAAUCAGACUGAAGAGAAUAAGCUUCUCAGUGUGAUUGGCUUGACUGAUGGCACUUUAACUCAGUAAUGAGGUUCCAUAAAUGUCUCAUACAGCUGACUGAAUAUUCUUUAAUAAAACCUUUUAAAAAGAAGACAUGCCAUUGGUUGUUUUAUUGUUGCAGAUGUAUCAGAAACUAGCAGCCUUGAUAGAAUAACCUUGUUUCAAAGCAGAAGAUGAACUGGUAUGUUGGUUUACAGAGCCUGUGGUGUGGAGUUGAUAGAAAUAAAAUGGGCUCCAAUGAAAUACAUGAGUAUUCUGUGAGUCUAUACUGAUUUUUUUUUUUAUUUUUUAAAUUCAUAUAACUUACUUAAUAUUUAUGCCUUUUUGUUUUGGUCUACAUUAUUAAAAAUUCCAGUAGUUAGGAUAUAUAGUAUAAAUAUGGAAGAGUGGUUUAGAGUGAUCUAUGUUACUCAAAAGAAGGAGAAUCAACAAUAAAUGAUGUAUUCAAUAUUCCUUAGUUAUAAAUACAUCAGUUCUGCACUUCAGGUGGUGACCAACUAAAUUUUUAAAAUUACUUCUCUAAUUGUUUACUCAGACUCUCAGUAUACUUUAGCAUUUACAUUUGAGGGGACUUGAUCUUGCCUUCCCAUUCCCCAGCAAGAGUCUAUACUGGGCAAGUGACUUGGGUGGGGCAGAAAGCAGUGUUCCAGAAAAUCAGAAUGCAAGCUACAAGGCGGAACAGUUUUGUAAAACCAUGUAAUGGGUUGAACUUUGCACUAUUCACUGUAAGGCAAGGUGUAGAGGUGGAUGUGUUAUAAAAGCACCCUGUGAUUGUUGAACAAAAUUCUCUAAAUAAUGCAGAGGGAAUCAUGCCACACACUUAAAGAAAUCCUGCUUUGAUCUUCAGUGAUGUAUUUCAUGUUUUAAUUUUAGACUUGUAAAUGGCUGCAAGCAGCAU